GCAGUAACAGUUAAUUACUACCUCUUCCUGGUCUAGGACAGUGAAUUAAAAGCCAUGUGCCUUGCUUCCCUUUUCACUCCGUCCUUCAGCGAGCCAGGGUGCUACUCCACCGAACACACGGGACCAGAUUUCACAGGACUCAACCACUCGAGGUAGCUGUGGACAUAAUGUCCCCGUGGUUUCUGCUGGCUCUGGUGGCUCUCGUCCCCCUGUCUCAGAGCACCAACCCUGGCGUCAAGGUCAAACUCACACAGAGAGGGCUGGAGUAUGGUCGACAGAUCGGGAUGGCAUCUCUGCAGCGCAAACUUAAGUCCAUCAAGGUCCCUGACCUGUCGGGCACAGAGAAGGUGGCUCCCAUUGGAAAAGUCAAAUACAGCCUGACUGGGAUGCAGAUCGUGAACCUUGGCCUACCGAAGUCUGCCAUUGGGCUGGUGCCAGGCACAGGGAUCAGUCUGUCCGUCGGGAAUGCCUUCAUCAGCCUGCGUGGUAACUGGAGGGUCAGAUAUCUCAGGUUCAUAAAGGACAGCGGCACCUUCGACUUGGCAGUGAGCGGCCUGACCAUCAGCGCAGGUAUCAGCCUGAAGAGCGACGAGACGGGUCACCCUGCCGUUAGCUGCGCCAGUUGUGCCGCUACCGUUGGCAGCGCUAACAUCAAGUUCCACGGCGGGGCCAGCUGGCUGUACAACCUUUUCAGCUCCUUCAUUGACAAGGCCUUGCGCAGUGCACUACAGAAGCAGAUCUGCCCCUUGGUGUCUGACGCAAUAUCGGAGAUGAACCCCCACCUGAAAACUCUAAAUGUGCUUGCCAAAGUAGACCAGUAUGCAGAAAUUGAAUAUUCAAUGGUAACAUCCCCCGCCAUCUCAAAAGCUUCCAUUGACUUCAGCUUAAAGGGAGAGUUCUAUAACAUUGGUAAGCACCAGGAGCCUCCAUUUUCUGCUGCACCAUUCUCACUGCCUGCCCAGUCCACCAACAUGAUGUACAUUGGAGUGUCUUCCUUCACCACCAACUCGGCGGGCUUUGUCUACAACAAUGCUGGUGCCCUCAGCCUCUACAUCACAGACGACAUGAUCCCCGCAAGUUCGCCCAUCCGACUGAAUACCAGGACCUUUGGAGCUUUCAUUCCCCAGAUUGCGAAGCGCUUUCCAGGCCUGAUGAUGAAGCUGCUGGUGAAAACAUCAAACGCGCCCAACAUCACCUUCGAGCCCAACAACGUCACCCUGCAGGCCACCGGCACCGUUACCGCGUAUGCCAUCCAGCCCAACAGCACACUGGAGCCCCUUUUUAUUCUCAACAUGGACGCCAGUGUCAGCGCUCGUGUCUAUGUCACGGGAGUGAAACUGGCAGGAGCAGUGGCCCUGAACAGAAUUGAUAUGACCCUGGGAACUAGCUACGUGGGACCAUUUCAAGUGAAAUCCCUUGACAAUAUCCUCCUAAUGGUUCUGAAAGUGGCUGUUAUCCCCAAGGUUAAUGCUCGUCUGCAGCAGGGCUACCCUCUCCCAGCCAUCGGCAAAAUGAACCUAAUCAACACCCAGCUACUGGUCCAGAAGGACUACAUGCUGAUUGGAACUGACGUUCAUUUUACAGAGUGAGCACCAUGUGAUGUCACCACACUCUCCCUUGACCAAAAAUAACCCAUUACUGCUUUAAUGAUAACUGCUGAGACAUACACUUACUCCGUUACUGUGAGGAAGUGAUUUUCUAGAGCAGAUGAUAAAAUGAUACAUAAAUUGCUUAUUGUACUGGACUAUACUGAAAUUUGAUUAGCACUGAGUACAAUUGUAUGAAUAAAAUCCCAAAU